GGUCGAUGAUGCACCGUAAACAGCGCGCUCUACGCGUCGCCCCGACCGAGCUAAGCAUGUGGGGCGUCCGUCCCCCACCCCGUCACCUACCUGCUGCGUUACGCCGCUACGUUGCCCAUGAACUCAGACCUCUUAGCCAAUAAACCUGUUCUUGCGCAACUGUUUACCCCGCUUGAAGAUGCAACACAGUGGCUAUCUAUACCUAGGUACCUUCAAGCUCGACUUGGCCCUCUUGUUGACCUUCCGUAUUGGUCUUGUAGACACCGCUCUAAGACGACACCUAGCAUGCUGCCCAGCAUUGCCAACCAUACCAGGACGGCAGGCGUCCCAUAACCGCGGGCAUGUCAGAGCUUAAGAACAGUGUAUUGCCAGAAGCAUGGUUUCAUUUCACUCCACUUCAUCAUGGUUGCUUCAAAGGCCCUCGCCGUGCUUGCGCUGGUGGCCUCUGCCGCCGCGCAGUUCCCUGCCGAACCUGUGGGCGUAAAGGUUUUGGAAUCUCGCUUUGGUGAUGGCGUGACCAUCUCAUACAAGGAGAACGACCUGUGCGAAACUACCCCGGGAGUACGCUCGUACUCUGGCCAUGUUCAUCUUCCACCCGGCACUGCAGACCUUGGACAAGGCCAGGACUAUCCAAUCAACACGUUCUUCUGGUUCUUUGAAGCGCGCAACGACCCUGCAAACGCACCAACGGUCAUCUGGCUUAACGGAGGUCCUGGAUCCUCCUCGAUGUAUGGCAUCCUCGAGGAGAAUGGCCCCUGCUAUGCAAACUCGGAUUCAAAUUCCACUCGCCUCUCUGAAUGGAGCUGGAACAAUGAGGCCAACAUGUUAUAUCUCGACCAGCCCGUGCAGGUGGGCUUCUCGUACGACACACUCCAGAAUGUGACACGAAAUCUGUUGACGGGUGAGGUUGCGCUGCUGAAUGCAACAGAUCCAGUGCCAGAACAAAACAGCACCUUCCUGACUGGCACUUUUCCCAGCCGCAACCCUAACAAUACAGCCUUUGGUAGCGUGAACGGUGCCAUCGCUGCAUGGCACUUCGCUCAAGCCUGGUUCCAAGAGUUCCCGCACCUGCUUCCGAACGACACACGUCUUAGCCUCGCUGCACAGUCUUAUGGAGGGCGCUACGGACCUACCAUGUUUACAUUCUGGGAGGAGCAGAACCAGCGGAUCGAGAACGGCACAUGGAGUGGCGGCGAAGGUGAACAGUUCAUCCUACAUCUCGACACUUUGCUCAUGAUCUCCGGAUGCGUUGACCGCUAUGUCCAGUACCCGUACUAUCCACAGCAGGCGUUCCGCGACAAUGGUUAUGGCAUCGAAGCAGUGAACGAGACCGUCUACAAUGCGAUGGUCGAGUCCGUGCCAGAAUGUCUCGAACGCAUCACCACAUGCCGCGAGGCAGCAGCUGAGUCUGAUCCGGAGAACCUGGGUAUCAAUGCGACUGUCAACGAUCUGUGCGAGGCUGCGGAAACUUUCUGUCGUGCGAAUAUAGUCAGCCCCUACACCCAAAAUUCUGGCCUCGAUUAUUACGAUAUCUCGACUCAGUCACCACCGCCAUUCCCACCUCCGUUUCACGAGGGCUUCUUGAAUCAGGAGUGGGUGUUGCAAGAACUGGGGGUGCCCCUGAACUGGACGGGCAACUCGCCGCAGGCUUCAGCAGCAUACCGUGACAUUGGUGAUUACCCCAGAGAUUCGUGGCUUGACGAUCUCGCCUUUCUGCUGGACAACGGUAUCAAAGUCUCCCUUGUACACGGAGAUCUGGAUUUCGCAUGCCCAUGGGCAAGUGGGGAUGCUGUGGCAAAGGCAAUCAAUUGGACAGGUUCCGAUGGAUACGCGGCCGCGCAGUAUGCCGAGAUCCAGACCAACGACUCGUAUGUCGGAGGUCUAGUUCGCCAGCAUGGGAACCUCAGCUACAUAAGGACGUACCAAGCUGGUCACGCCAUUCCUGCAUACCAGCCAGAGACGGCAUACAAAGUCUUCACUCGCGCCUUGUUCAACUUGGACAUAGCUACGGGCACCGUGUCAACAGCCGGUAACUACACCAGCACAGGUCGCGAUGAUCCCAACGUACAGCUGCAGGCUACCCCACAGGAUUUGACAUACUGUUACACAUACGCCCCAGACUCCUGCUACGAGUGGCAGCAGGAAGCCAUCGCCAACGGCACUGCUGAGAUAUGCAACUGGAUUUUUGUCGAUGCCAAUUCAACGCAGCUGUUCCCAGACGUUAUUGCCAGAUGCCGUGGCGGAAGCAACCAGACAGUGCCUGGAAAUGGCAGUCACCAUCUGCCAGAGUUUGAAGGCGGCGCUGGGGUUCUGGCCAGCAGAGGAACCUUUACCACUACACUCUUCAGCUUUGUCGUUGUAGCCAUGCUCAUGAUGUAGGGCUUUUGGCGUUUGACACAUGUGUUGUCGAUCGCUUUGCACGCAACGUGUCGGAUAGUCUGCACGGACUUGCAUCAGUGUACACGCCCCACUUCGUAUCCCACGCUCUUUGAUAUGGAAAUGUUGGUGUGGCAUUCAAAAGCCGUGCUACUGCUUCGAUAAUACAUGGUACUUGGAUGGAUACCACUUCCGCUACGGGGCAAAUUUUACCCGUCUCCACUCACGCACAGGCGACUUUGAGCCUCUGCUGCGGCAUUCUCAUCCUCGCAUCUGCACAGUAUAUAAACCACAUGAAUGAAAUCUUAGUCAUCAAGUCAUACAACUGGAAACGGGUGAGGUGGCCGAGUUGGUUA